AAGCGAAGCAGAUUGGAAGUUACGAUCUGAAGAAGCUGUGAGUGGCGGCAGCAGAAGGAUCAAGGUUGAGGGAGAUGAUGAAGAAGAAGAAGGUGCAAUGGUUCUGGACUUGGAUUUUUGGUUCCGUCAUUUUGAGGCUGAUUCUCAUUUACUUUCCCAAAAACCUCAACCUCUCUUCUCGCCCCGAAGUCUCCACCCCUCUCACCAGCAUCCGUCGCCUGGCCGAGGGUUACUGGUUGAAGCAGUCAUCAAUGUCACCCUAUGCCGGAUCAAUGUACCAUGGUUCUCCUUUGUUAUUAACACUUCUCGGCCCUCUCACAGUUACAAGAAUUGAAGGGCAGCCUGAUCAUCUUUUAUGCAGUUUGGUUUUUGUGAUUGCAGAUGUGGUCACUGCAAUGCUCAUUUGUGCUGCUGGUGAAAAACUUCAGGUGUCAUACAGUUCAAGUUUACAAUUCCUAGGCCUUCAUGACUUAUCUGAGAAUUCAGAGGUUCUUCCUUCAGGAGAUUUUGCUGCACUUGUAUACUUAUGGAAUCCCUUCACGGUAGUUGCAUGCGUUGGUCUAUCCACAUCUGCAAUUGAGAACUUGAUGGUUGUGUUAUCACUUUAUGGAGCAUGUACACGACUAGUUCCGCUGGCUGCUUUUGGGUGGGUCAUGGCUACGCACUUGUCUCUGUACCCUGCAAUCCUUAUUAUCCCAGUGAUAUUGUUAUUGGGGUAUGGUCCUGAUGCACCUCCUAGGAAAUUAUUCUGGCAAAGGAAAAAUAUUAAAGCUGUCAAUUCCUCCUCAAGUGAUACGAGUUGUUUAGAAGAGGAAGUGAAGAAUCAGCUACGGGUGCUGAAUGUAUUCUCAUGGAGACCAGUUGUGCUUUUCAUGUUAUGGACUUUCCUGUGGUCAUCCUAUGUUUUAGUCCUAUGUGGCAUUUAUUUUCAACAGCAUGGUGGUCUACAGGAGUUGUUCAAAAGAACCUAUGGCUUCAUUCUUACCAUACAAGACCUGUCUCCAAACAUUGGAGUUUUGUGGUACUUCUUUGCAGAAGUUUUCGACUUUUUCAGAAAUUUUUUCCUGAUAGUAUUCCAUGGGAAUAUUCUGUUAAUGAUAGUGCCAUUAGCCUUGCGCCUUAAUCACCGGCCAUGCUUUCUAGCUUUUGUAUAUAUUGUGAUUUCUUCUAUGUUGAAGUCUUAUCCUUCAGUUGGUGAUUCAGCUCUAUACUUAGGUUUACUGGGAUUAUUUGCUUAUGAACUAAGAGAUAUGAAGUUUUCAUUCUUCCUGUUUUCUGGUUAUGUUGGUGUUUCACUUCUUAGCCCUGUGAUGCACAACUUAUGGAUAUGGAGGGGUACUGGGAAUGCAAACUUUUACUUUGCAACUGCAAUUGCAUAUGCUUGCUUCCAGAUCAUUCUGGUGGUUGAGAGUGUUAGUGCAAUGCUCAAUCAUGACAGAAAGCUUACAAAGCUAUCUACUGCAAAGCUUCAAAAUGUCAAAUCUUGAGAACUUCUUUGAAGUAUGCUUUUAUAUGUGUCUAUUAAGUUUCUGUGGUGUACCUGAGCUCCAUGUGGACCUUGAUCCUGGUUCCACGACCCAUUACUGUGCUGUACUUCAAUUCAUUUUAUCAAACAUCUGUAUUUCCUGGAUGCAAGGCUCUGCAAUCAUGAUACUGAUUGCCAGUAACAGGAUAGAAUAGGAUAAAAAAUUCAUUAUGAUGUAUUGUGGUGCUUAGAAUUAAUCUUUUGUUCUUCGGUAUAUCCAAAAAACAGAAAGAGAAAUUGAUGUACCAUUUAAGAAGUUCGAUGGCUUUGUUCUUCAAAUACUAUUUGAAUCCAGCACAUGUUUAUUUGUUUAUCUGUUUCAACAAUGCACUUGCUGAUCGGAAUAAUC